UUUAUCCAGAGCUUAUACUGUCAUGGUGAAGAAGGUUGUAGAUUCCCGCGUGCAUACGCUCAUCAAGAACUGUGUGCAGACAAAGCACCGUUCUUUUUUUGUUGUCGUCGGUGACAAAGGCAAAGAUCAGGUGGUCAAUUUGCAUUGGCUCUUGUCGCAAGCACAGGUGACGAGUCGUCCCUCGGUUCUUUGGUGUUACAAGAAAGAGUUGGGCUUCACAAGUCACCGUAAGAAACGAGAGAACAAGAUUAAAAACGAUAUCAAGCGAGGUAUUCGUGAAGCGAAUACCGAGGAUCCAUUCGAACUGUUUGUCGCCGUGACCAAUAUCCGUUAUGCAUACUACAAGGAAACGCAGAAAAUCCUUGGUAACACCUACGGCAUGUGUAUCCUUCAGGAUUUUGAAGCCAUCACACCCAACACAUUGGCUCGUACCAUUGAAACUGUUGAAGGUGGUGGUAUGGUCGUCCUUUUGCUCAAGAGCAUGAACUCGUUGAAACAAUUAUAUACAAUGACCAUGGAUGUCCACUCGAGAUAUCGUACGGAAGCACAUAGCGAUAUCGUUGCACGAUUUAACGAACGUUUCAUCUUAUCCUUGGGGUCGAGUGAGAGUUGUCUUGUGGUCGAUGACGAACUGAAUGUGUUACCGAUCAGUAUGGGCAAGCAUAUCAAGCCGUUGCCGCUCAAGUCAGCUGAAGACAUCAAAUCGGCCGAGGAUAUGGAAUUGGAGGAAUUAAAGACGUCCUUGGCAGACACCGAACCGGUAGGCUCGUUGGUCAAAUGCACCCGUACCGUGGAUCAGGCCAAGGCCCUGUUAACGUUUAUCGAAGCCAUUUCCGAAAAGUCGUUGCGCAGUACCGUCGCCUUGACCGCCGCUCGUGGUCGUGGUAAAUCAGCCGCGCUCGGUAUCGCCAUGGGUUCCGCCGUGGCUUACGGUUAUUCCAACAUCUUUGUCACUUCACCCAGUCCCGAGAACUUAAAGACGCUCUUCGAAUUUGUGUUUAAGGCUUUUGAUGCGCUCGGUUACGAAGAACAUUUGGAUUACGACAUUGUGCAAUCGACCAACCCCGAUUUCAACAAAGCCAUUGUCCGUGUGAACAUUUUCAGACAACAUCGUCAGACCAUCCAAUAUAUCCAGCCUCAAGACGCUCAUGUCCUGGGUCAAGCCGAACUGUUGGUCAUUGAUGAAGCGGCGGCUAUUCCUCUCCCCAUCGUACGCAAGCUUUUGGGCCCUUACCUUGUGUUCAUGGCCUCCACCAUCAACGGUUACGAAGGUACCGGUCGAUCGCUGUCGCUUAAGUUAAUCCAGCAAUUGCGUGAACAAUCGCGUGGUUUUGUUGGCAAAGCUGGCGAUGUCGCCCGCGAUGGUUCCGGUGACGUGGUCGUCGGUCGUGACAUGCAAGCUAAGAAGACGACGGAAGAAACCAAUGGCGCUGCUUUUGGUGGUCGCACAUUGAAGGAAAUCAAGCUGGAAGAGCCUAUCCGUUACGCUCCCAAUGAUCCUGUCGAAAAGUGGCUCAACAAGCUUCUCUGUUUGGAUGCUUCGGUGGUGUCCAAGAAUAUUCAGGGUUGCCCGCAUCCUUCCGAGUGUGAACUCUACUACGUCAACCGUGACACGCUGUUCUCAUACCAUCCCGUCAGCGAAAUCUUCUUGCAACGAAUGAUGGCAUUGUACGUUGCCAGUCAUUACAAGAACUCGCCCAACGAUUUGCAACUGAUGAGUGACGCCCCGGCGCAUCAUCUCUUUGUUCUUUUGCCUCCCAUUUCCGAGAACAACGCUAGCUUGCCCGAUCCGUUGGUGGUUGUCCAAGUGUGUUUGGAAGGUGAAAUUUCGCGUCAGUCCGUGAUGAACUCGCUGUCGCGUGGUCAGCGUCCCGCCGGUGAUAUGAUCCCCUGGUUGAUUUCUCAGCAAUUCCAAGACGACGAUUUUGCCAGUUUAUCCGGUGCUCGUGUUGUCCGUAUCGCCACGCAUCCCGAUUAUGCCCACAUGGGUUACGGUUCGCGUGCCAUUGAAAUGCUGAAAUCCUUCUACCAAGGCGAAAUGUCCGAUUUAAGUGAAGCAAGCAACGAGGAAGAGGAAACUUUCACCCGUGUGGACGAUGACGAGCUGGAGUCGGCCGAUUUGAAGACGGAUCAAGUCAAGGUGCGCGAUCCCCGCAAGAUGCCUCCUUUGCUGUCCAAGCUGUCGGAUAAACACCCCACCAAAUUGGACUAUCUUGGUGUCUCGUAUGGUAUGACCCCAAGCCUUCACAAAUUCUGGAAACGCGGUGGAUUCGUUCCGUUGUACGUACGACAGACAGCCAAUGAUUUGACGGGCGAACAUACAUGCGUCAUGAUCAAGACGUUAACGGAAGAAGGCGACAGUCGAGUGGCCAACAGCGGUUGGUUGGAUGCUUUUGCUCGUGAUUUCUCCAAACGUUUCAUCAGCCUUUUAUCGUAUCAAUUCCGUUCAUUCCCUGCUAUCAACGCCCUCAGUAUCCUGGAAGCUGCCAAACACGGUCACGACCAGUCCGUGUCCCACGGCGAACUGACCAAGAAGCAAUUGUCCAUGUACUUUAGCCCCUAUGACCUGAAGCGUCUCGAAUCGUAUGCCAACAAUAUGCUGGAUUACCAUGUGAUCCUCGACAUGAUUCCCACUGUUGCGAUGCUCUAUUUCCGCGACGAAAUGAGCUCCGAAGUGAAAUUGUCGGGUGUUCAGAGCGCCAUCCUGCUUGGUAUUGGUCUUCAACGUAAGGAAAUUGAGGAUCUGCAAAAGGAACUGUCGUUGGCCAGCAACCAAGUACUUGCCUUGUUUGUCAAGAUCGUGCGUAAAGUAAGCCAAUACUUUGCCAAGAUUGAAAGUCAAGCCAUUGAAGAAGAGUCGCCGGAACUUCAAAGAAGAAAGGCCCAAGCGGCUUUGGCGGAAGCUCAGGAAGCGGAAGAACUAGCAGAAGGUGGUGCAGGCAAGCGAUCGUUAGAAGAUGAUGAAGCGUGGCGACCCUUGAAGGGAGAUUUGGAUGAUGAUUUGGAGGAAGCCGGUAACCAAGUGAUCAGCAAGUUGAAGGAGAAACAGCGUGAGAUGAUCGAUUCCUUGGAUUUGACCAAAUAUACUAUUGGUGGUAAAGACAAUGACUGGGCCGCUGCUGAGCAGCAAGUCAAAGCCAUGGCUUCCGGCAAGAAGCCUUUGAGCUCCGUGGUCAGUGUCAAGAACGACAACUCGUCCAAGAAACGCAAGCUUGCCGAAAGCGCCAAGGAGAUGGCCGCCAAAGAGCAGAACCGCAAAUUGCAAGGCAAACUCAAGAUGUCCAAAAAGACAAGACGAUCAUAAAAAAUUAGAUACAAAAACUUGGGGAUCAAGGGUUUUCUUUUCUCGCAUUUACCGCAUCGCCCGAAUCCAAUCCAAAAAAAGACUUGCAUGUAAUUCUCUUUUGACUUCAUUUUCAAUUUUUUUUCUCGUUUCGAUGCUUUUUAUUUUCGAAUCAUUC